ACGCCGAACCGGGCUCACCCCGACCCGACCCGACCCUAACUCGUUCCAAUCCCAAAUCUGCAAACCUCGCCGCCGGCAGCUCCUCCGGCAAGGAAUCCCCCGCAAUCCCCGCCGGAACCGGUCCGGGCCCAGCUCACGUUCACCAUGCCAAAAAACUUCCGCAAGCGGAGCCUCGAGCCGGACGCCGCCGACCACUCCGACGAUGAGGACGUCCGCCGCGUCGCUCUGGAGGAGAUUAAGUACAUGCAGAAGCUCCGGGAGAGGAAGCUGGGCAUCCCGGCGGCGUCCGUAGCCACCGGCGCCGCCGGCGCCGCCACAGACGGCUCCUCCGCCCGUGGCCGAGGAGGCGGCGGGGCAGGGGCAGCCGGCGAGGCCGGCAAGGAGGACCUCGUCCUGCAGGACACCUUCGCGCAGGAGACUGCCGUCACCAUCGAAGACCCCAAUAUGUUGAGGUAUGUGGAGAACGAGCUGUUGAAGAAGAGGGGCAAGCCGAUCGAGUUGAACGACAAGGACGAUAAGGACGAGGUGGAUGAGCUCUACGUUGUGCCCGACCACCUGAAGGUGAGGAAGAAGAACUUGGAAGAGAGCUCAACCCAGUGGACCACUGGCAUCGCCGAAGUUCAGCUCCCCAUCGAGUACAAAUUGAGAAAUAUUGAAGAAACUGAGGCAGCUAAGAAAUUGUUGCAAGAGAAAAGACUUGCGGGUAAAACAAAAUCAGAUGCGAACAUUCCAUCAAGUUACAGUGCUGAUUAUUUCCAUCGUGGAAGAGAUUAUGCUGAAAAAUUGCGAAGAGAACAUCCCGAGUUAUCACAGGCUAAUGAAGCUGGAGGCAAACCAACCGAUAGUAACAAUCCAGGUGGCCCACCAGCGGGACGUAGAGAAGCUGCUACCGAUGAGUUGUUGCUCGAGCGUUUCCGCAAGCGAGAAAAAUUCCGUGUCAUGCGAAGAUAGAAAUAGCUGACUGUGUAGGCUGUUGGCUUGGUGCUGCUGCCUUUUAAGCAGAAAACAUCUCCUAUUCUGGAGAAGUAAGAAGCACAAACUAAUGAAGAGGAGCAACGAAGCAGAUUUGUUUCAUUUGAGACGGUCUGUUUUCUUCAAAUGUGUCACAUCAAUCUGGAGGCAGUAUGCAUUUCCAGGACUUUGCAGCUGCAGGAUGUAUCCUCACAAAUUGUCUGACUGCAUGUUCAUCUCUGCCCAAACUCUGUUUUCAGAUGGCAUCUUGUGCUUUCCUGAGCAUGAGAAUUGUAAGCGACAUGUGGCAUCAUGAGCCAAGGGGCAGUCGGUGUAGCGCUUUUUCGUAUAUUCAUCUUAGCGAAGUUCCUCUUUUGUGUGGAAUAUUUUCCUAAUCUACUUCUGUAAACUGCUUACAGUUAUUUGCAGUUAUACUAUAGUGGAGUAUGUUCCUUAGUUUAUGCUUC